GUUUUCCUGCAGAUCCGUCCCUGUGAUGCAUGGCCGAGAUGGCAGAUUGCAAGGAGGAGCAACUUGGCUCCAAACUUAGUGAAGCUCGACAAAGGACCAGAGCACUCAGGCAGGAGCUUGCCUCUGAACUGCAAGUCGCGGUAGAGCUGCAAGGGCGUUUGGCCAAGGUGCGGGCAGAAGUGGAAACCACCAGGCAGCUGAUAGACCAUGAGCUCCGGGAAUCUGCAGCAGCCAAGGCCAAAUUGCUCGAGGUCCGACGAAAGCGGAGAGACUUUGAGAAGCGACAGCACGUGGAACUGCGGGCACCGGUGACAUCAGAGAGCGGAUCUGGCAGAUUGCAAGGAAUUCCAGAACAUAAAAGUCGACAAGAAAUACAGGAGGGUGAUCGAGCCACACUACUCGCGAGAGCUCAGAGGAUGCUGCACCACCGGGGUGGGGCUGAUUUGGAAGCGGCCGGGGCAAAUACAGCAUCGUUGACAGAGGCACGGGACGCCGCGAAGAUUGUGGAGCGCUUGGAAGAUUUGGGUCAUGAAGAUGACGAACUCUACCGGGCCUUGUUGCAGCUCAGCUUGCAGGGCCUAGAAAGGCACUUGGACCUGGAGGCUCCAGAAGUCUUGGCGCGCGUCCACUCCCUGGCCGUGUCCUUGGAGAACCUCGGGGAACGGCGCGAUGCCGCGGCCUUCUAUCGCCGUGCCUACGAGGGACGCCGCAAGGGGCUGGGGGACGAGCACCGCGACACGUUGGAUUCGGGGCUGAACCUGGCGAGCUGCCAGCGAAGUCUCGGAGAGGAUGCGGAAGCACUGGAGUUAUUCAAGAAUCUCUUGGAAGGUUGUCAGAGGGCCCUGGGGCACCAAAAUCCAGUGACUUUGGAGACGGCUGAGCAGCUUGCUGAGCUUCUGGCAGAGUCCGAUGAGUUAAUCGCAGCAUGGAAGCUUCGCCGGCAGCUGCUGGAGUGGUACCGAGCUGCAUAUGGGGAAGACGACCCCAUGGCUCUGUCGGCCAUGUCGAAGCUGGCCGUGGUCCUGGCCUCGGCCGCCGCGCGCGGCUGCGCCGCGCCGGCGGCUGCUGCGGACGCGCGCGCGCGGGCGGCGCGGCGAGGCGGGGGUGCUGGGCCCGGCGUCGCCUGAGGCGCGGACGGCAGAGGACGAGCUGAUGAAGUUCUUGUCCAAGAACGGCCAUUUGCUCCCGGGAAACUGCUGAGCCCACGAAUUGAAAUUAGAUAUCCGGCACCUUAGAUUGUUUGCUGGGAACUCUGUACAUAUCUCCUGCAAGGACCGCAACCAGCUGCAAAUUGAACAAAA